UAAAUAAGACGAACAUUUGAUCGAUCGUCCAGUAUUUUGUGCGUUGGCGUGAAAAUAGAAGAGAAAAUGGCUCGAAUAAGCUACAUCGUGGCGAUUAUUGGUAUUGCACUGGUGUGCGUUUACGCGGAAGAGCUCUACUCUGAUCAGUACGACGGUAUUGAUGUUGCGUCUAUUAUUGAGAACGAGAAAUUGCGAACCCAAUACUUCAAUUGCUUUAUGGAAACAGCACCAUGCGUGACAGCAGAUGCGAAAUUCUUUAAAGAGCUUUUUAGUGAAGCUUUUCAGACCAAAUGUAAGAGAUGCACUGAGAAACAAAAGGAAAAUAUGAAUAUGAUAGUGGAAUGGUAUACAAAAAAUCAACCCGAUCAAUGGGAGGUUAUUGUCGCAAAGACUAUUGAAGAUCUAAAAAAGAAGAACGCUGGCCAAUAAAUCAUCAAUAAAAGUUGACAACAAAUGAAAUACCCGACAAAGAGAGCACCGGAAAAACCGAAAAUGUUAAACGUCUAAAAUUACUAGAUCUUUUAGAUUCGGAAACAUUUACUUAGAAAAGAGGGGAAUUUCGAGAUAGUACAAUUAUUAGCACAAUCAAUGUUUGUAAUGUAGCUAUAGAAAUAAAAAGUAAAAAUAUAACUAAUCUUAGAUUUGUUUUGCGAAAAUUAUAACCAUUAAUUUUUUCGAUAGUUAAUGGUACUUCUUAUUUGUAAUAUUCUUAUUUAAUGAGUACAUAUAAAUAAGAGGAAAUCUUGUAUUCUAAUAAAACAAAUUCUAUCAAAGAACAAACAAAA